AUGAGGCUGCUAUCUCUCCUAGUAUGGCUGGCCUUUGCAAUCUCUGCAACUGCACUCAUCACCGAUGGGUCAGAUGGCCAGGUAUUGGAGACGAACACCUCAAGUAUUGUUAAGCGAUCUGGUCGACCUGUGUGCGGGCCUAACCUGGCUCCUGAGAAUACCACUUCCGCUUGUGACAAAAAGCUUAUCCCACGCGAUAAAGCGAGUGUUUCACAGUAUCUGAGCAAUGCAUGGCCCGCGCAAUGGAGCAGGUUACGUGCAGGAUUACAGUGGAGCACGGGAACGGACGGCCUGUCCGGCUGCACGACGCUGUAUAUCAUCAGCCGAACAGGGGUGUAUGCUGCCCAUUAUUUUGAAAAUGUUUCUUUCGAACCUGACCCCUUCUGGCGGACGGGCGAUCACACCACAAAUGACCAACUGUUCCAAUACACCGUCAUUGACGUUUUGAGAAACGGAGGAAGAUAUCACCCCAGACUAAAUGCGGCCCGCAUUGAAGACGACACGAUCCGGGCUUACCUCAUAUACCCAGCCCAGACCUCGAAAGAAUCUGCGGAUGAUGUCGGCUACUCUGUGCGGAAUGAGCAAAUCCGGACUACCGUCGGCGAAAUUGUACCAACGCUGCAAGAUGGGUCACGCUGGACAAACAUCCCGUACCAGGCGACAGAUAGUCAGGCCCUUCUCUUUGAUCCAGAAAAGACCCUUGGAAAGAAUCUCUUCAAAUACGACCCAGCUCAUGAUUUUGGCGGGGGCCAGAAGAAGCAUCUAGCGGCUCUAUGGGUUGAAGACGAACGAGUCCAUUGGGACUAUUGGUGA